AUGGUCUACGGUAUAAGGAGGGCCAGACAAGCGGCUAUGGCUUGGGCUGAGAAGGGGGAGCUCACGUUGGCAGCGGCAAAGAAAGAGCUCUGGAUACCGGGUGGGGAUUUAACGAGGGAGAUAGUUAAAUUCAAGAUGCCCGAGAUGUGCAGUAAGGUAAAGGCAAAGGUAAAGUGGUUGGGAUUGACCAUGAGCAGCACGCCGAGCGGUACAAUCUGCUUUAGAGCACAUGCUGAGGAAGCCUUGGAGAGAGGGACGAAGGGACUGAGGGCUUAUGCGCCUCUGUGCCGGCGACAGUAUGGGCUAUCGGAGGAGGUCUUGAAGGCCCUGUGGCACAGAGUGAUAAUCCCAAAGAUAUGCUACGGAGCCGAACUAUGGGGACAGCUAGCGACCUAUGCGUGGUUCGUCAAAAAAGUCGGAGAGGAUUCGCAUGAUGGCGGGGAGGUGGGCUUGGCGGACGCUACAGUCCACGCCUGGAGUCCUUAUCGGACGGGUUACGACAUGGGACAGGAUUGA